CAGACCCAACUCUCACGCCCGCCCAUUCAGGUAUCUCAACUGCACGCAACUGACAAUCCCGUCAACGGUUUUUUGAUCGACACCCUACCUUGCCAUUCCUCCAUUGACUGCCCCAUAGUCAUCAUGGACUUCCACUCCCAGACCCCAGAGUGGCAGGCCCCGCUCACCAUCCAUCAACCGCCCGCUCCCGCAUCGCCUCGUCGCCCACCACCAACAUCAGCACCCAAGUCUAGUUCCUCGCCCGAGAAGAGACUCAAACUUCGAGCAUCGUGUGAUGCUUGUGCCGCUUCCAAAGUCAAGUGCAGCAAAGAGCACCCCAUUUGUGCCCGCUGCAAGACCAACCGCUCGCAGUGCGUUUAUGGUGUCUCGAGGAAGCACGGAAAGCCGGGCCGGACUAGAAAGAGGAAUCCUGACGGCACUCCGUUUGUCAAGGCAUCCAAGCAGCGACCUUCUCCAGACGGCAGCGAGUUCAGCAAGUUCCGAAUCCGUCCAGAACCACUCACUCACAAGGAUGCCGUCUUCGACACCAGCGCACAGUGGUCGCCCACCCCUAGCUGGUCCUCAGCAACAGACUUUGAGUUCGAAAUGACUCCAGAGCCUAUGUUCCUUGAACCCACCACCGACUUUGUGUUCAUGGAUAAUAUGUUGCCCACUACUCCCCCAGAGCUGAGCAAUAUCCCCAUGCUUCAACCUGAACUCACCUUCGUGGAUCCCUUCGCGCGUAAACAGUCGGUCAUGCUAGACCUCCCAGACAUCCAAGCUAUCAAAGACUUCGUCGGCAACGAACAAGCUCCGCCCAUGGACUUCUCUUUCUCCGAACAAAUGCCCAUGGAUGGAAACCUCCACCCUCCAUCCACCAUCUCCUCACCACAGAGCAGUACCGAAAGCCCACCUUUACCCAUGUACAACCCAAUGCGCGUCAGCAUCUCCAUGCCGAGCUCCCACUGCUGCUACACGCUCGCCUACUCCACCCUCGAAAGUCUCCGCAUCAUCAACCCCGAAAACUCCACGGGCGUCGAACUAAAGUCUCUUGAUUCAGUCCUGUCCAUCACCAAGACAGCUGUCGCAAACGUGCGCCAGCUACUCAACUGCUCCUGCUCCUCCGACCCGCACCUUGCUAUGCUCUACAGCAGCAUCACCUCCAAGAUCCUCACAUGGUACCAGAUCGCAGCCGGUGUCAAACCUGCUUCGCUCCCCUCCGCGCCACCGUCUCUCAGCGACGCUUCCUCGCCUGACUCUUCAGUGUUUGCGUCUCCGCUUUCGACCCCUUCCUUGGAUAACUCCACGUUUGAUAUUCAGGUCAAGCCUUUGAAGAUUGGCCUCUUCGAGUUUGACGAGGAGCAGCAAGCUAUGCUGAGGAGGCAAGUCGUCCUUCGCGAACUCAAGAAGUGCGGCACUCUUGUAGAUGCGUUGGCAAACUGGAGAGGUGAAGGCAGACCCGAACAGUCAGAGUUUCUCUACGAUGUUCUCGGCACGUGGCUCAAGACUGAGCUGCACAAGACCCUACAGGAAGUCGAGGGUGAUGAAGUCAUGUAA